GAGAGGAAUUAUCAAAUUUUGUCAAUUUCCCACGGCCAUGUCUUUCAGUAGGAUAGCAUCUGCAAGAAACCCGAAGGUGUGAUGAAUGCACUUACGGCAAAGCUCGGAUGUGACGACUUCGCGGAAAAUGGUGUUUGCUGCAUGUAGCAAAAACGUCGAGCGAUGAGCUGCGACGGUGGACCCGAUUGGAUGAGCUCCAGCCACGGUGAGAAAGUCGCGAAGACUUUAGACGGCGCGGAGGUCGUGGUGGUUCCGGGAGCAGGCCACCAGCUCUUCAGGGACAACGCUCCAGCCUUCAACGAGAUGCUGCUUGCUGCACUUGCAAGAGCAACUUUACCACAUAAUCAUCGUGGCGCGUAAUCAUCAAAAACCAUCAUGUCGCAUGUGUUAUGCUAUCUUCGAGUGUUUACUUGUCUUUCAAAGAAUGUAGGUCGUUCAGGACAUUCGUCCUUGACCCGCACAACUGCUUUGACCCUAUCAACGCCAAGCAAUAAUGCUGCGAAUGCUGCGUCCUGUUGCCGCCGCUACAGCGGUGUUGCUUGCCGCAGGUGUUGCGACCGAGGGGCGACUAUGGCAAUGGGUGCCUGCAAGCUACUCCAAACUCGAGGAAGCGGAGCGCAAGAUCCUCACACGCGCUAUCUCAUCGCCGUUUGAAAUGAAGAAGGUUGCGCGGCUGGGCACCGUGGUGGUGCCCUGUUCGGACGAAAAGAAGCGCGAAAGCGCCAAGAAUCUCGUGCUGAUCCACGGUUUCGCUGGUGGUAACGCGGUGUGGGCAAUGAAUCUGGAGAAAUUGUCCAAGCACUUUAAUGUGUACGCAGUGGAGUGGAUUGGUGUCGGGCGGUCGGAUCGUCCUGACUUCAAUUUCAAAGAUUAUGACAGUGCCGAUGACUUCGUCGUUGGUUCGUUCGAGAAGUGGCAACAAGAGAUGAACCUUGAGAAUUUUGAAUUGGUCGGCCACUCAAUGGGGGCUAUCUUCGCAUCUUCAUAUGCAUUGAAGCACCCUGAGCAAGUCAACCACUUGGUAUUGGCAUCUCCUGCAGGUGUGCCACACCCACCACCGCCUCCGGAUCCGACGACGGAGGAAGGCAAAGCUGCUAACCGCUCGUGGCUGAGACGCAUGGUCUUCUCGGCUUGGGAAAACGGUGUGACGCCGAUGUCUGUCGCUCGCUUUAUGGGGCCGUAUGGACCGAGACUGGUGCAAAACGUGGUGCACCGUCGAACUUCAUUCAUGUCGGAGGGAAGCGCCAUGCGAGACGGUCGUGUCAACUUGAAUGAGUUGGGUGAAUACGUUUACCACAAUUGGGCGCUCAAGGCAAGUGGAGAACGCGCCAUGAUCACGCAUCUUGCUCCAGGAGUGCACGCAGUUCGACCACUCGUGGACGUAUUGCGUCCAGAGAAUGUGAAGAUGCCGCUUACGUUUAUCUAUGGCGAAUACGACUGGAUGGACUACCGCAAUGGACUAAGUAUCGUGGAGCGCUUCAAGGAGAAGGGCCACGCUGCUGAUCUUUAUCGUGUUCCGAACGGAGGCCAUCAAAUGUUUAUGGAGAAUCCGGACGACUUUAGCCGCAUCCUUAUCGACAACUUGGCAAGAUAAAGCACCGCUCUUGAACACUUCUAGACGAAUAAACUGUAUGCAGACUUUACGAUUUAUUUUCCAGACGUGCCUUAAAAAGCACCAUAUCACUUCCUUCCUGGAAGUCCGGAUGCAGUUCCAACCGGUCGAUCUGUUCAAUUUCAAACAUUUUUUCAAACGAUUCGAAGAACUGCUCUUCCGAGUUUUGACGUUUCUUGUAGGCAAGCAGCACCAGCGUCUCAGGUCCAGCCAUUGCUUGCAGCGACGUCAUUAACGCUUCAAAUGCUGAGGCGUACGGGCACGCCACGAUGUCAGCUCCAAGAAUCACGUCGUAGUUAUGGCCGCGCACGAGGUGAUGCUCCAUGUCACCCCAGAGAUACUUGUCCGCAGUGCAAAUCUCUUUUGAGAGUUCGUUCACCUCGAUAUUGUGCUGUGUGAGUGCAACCGAUGCUGGAUCUCCAUCGGUCACGACAAUACUCUUGGGCUGUAAGUGAGCAGCUACGACUCCAACAAGUCCCGGACCGCAUCCCAGUUCAACGACGCGCUUCCCCUUCACCAGAUCUGGAUGAGCUGCUAGAUACAGUGAUAGUGCAAUGGCUGCGUCAUAAACUGAAGCCCCGAAGCCCAAAGUCGUACCACCGCGUCCGUCGCUCUGCCACGCUUGAUCAAUGCGAAUACGCUUACCGGCGAUCGGGAACCAACGGGUGGCGUCACGCAGCGCAUCGUGAAACGGAUUCCGAAAGGAAAACGGCACCAACGCAGACGCUGCGGAUGGAGGUGGUGCCUCCGGUUCAUUGCAGAAGCUUCUGGGACUCUCCACAACACUCGUAGAAGUUUCGAUCGAGUCCAUCGCACGAAUGCGGCAGAAUUUCGCAAAUUUUCACAAAAUUUCACAAAAACUCUAUCGGUGUAUUUCUUAAUGCAAAUAUUGCAUUACGGUCUUGACGAA